AUGCCGGGAGUCCCUUCCAAUAAAGCCUGCGAACGAUGCAAAAAGAAACAUUUAAAGUGCGACGAAACUCGACCACAUUGUCAACGCUGUACUACUGCGGGGGCGGAAUGCCCCGGCUAUGUCCAAACUCGCAAGUUCAUUGAUCAGGGAGCUACCGUCAGACGUCGAUAUGCUCCUUAUCAAAAUGUCAACUCCAAGGCUGGCUCUGUACAACACGCAAAUACGGACGAUGUUGCCCAGCCAUCAUACACCGCUCAAACACAUCCACAGUCAGACACGCAGGAAAGCCAUGGGCCAAUAUCGUCUAAUCUACUGAAUGAAAAUGGUGAUUCGAGUCAUGAGGAAACGAGUCCAAACUUAACACAUGAUGCUCAAAUGAUAGCGGGGACAGGCUCCUCAGGCCAACUGAGCUUCGUCACCUCUCAAAAUCAAUUUUUUGAUCCACACUCAUCCGAAUCGCAGCUUCUUGAAGAACAUAAUUAUUUUCCGGAUCCCAAUGUUGGUUCAAGGUCAUCCAGAAGCACAGGUCAUGAUUCGAUUUCACCAAAUAUCGGCAUGGGCUUCCCGUCUCUACCUGGAAACACUUACACGCCAAAUCCGAACUCCAGGCCAGAUUAUCCCGGACUUACUGCCUCUGAGAGCAUGAUCCAUCAAAGUGAAAAGGAAGAUUUUCAGGACUUAUUUUCCGAGAUCAAAACAGGCACAGAGCAUGAGAUCGCCUUUCUCACGCGUCACUAUGCAGAAAACAUAGCCCCUUGGCUUGAUUUAUCUGAUUCGGGAAAGUUUUUCACGGUUUAUGUUCCUAUCAGAGCCCUCAGCUGUCUAUCCUUGAAGUACGCCAUCACUUCAUUAGCGGCAAAACAACUAGGGCGAGUUAAAGGUGCAAAGCCCAUGGUUAGGGGCGGAAUACCUGCCAGCCCAGCUAUCACAGAGGCAUAUCCAAAUGCGGGAAACGCAGAUUGGUUUCUCAAGGCAGCAAAUUACUAUUAUAUGUCAGCUUCUGAUCUCAACAAUAACACAUCUGGUGGCUAUACUGCUGUCUCUAGCUCAGCUGCCCUAGAAUCACCCAUCGAGAUAGUCAACAGAUGGCUCAGUUCCAGAUCUACUCAAGAGCUAGCACGAGACUCCCAUGAUGGCGCUUUCGUUCGAAAAUUGGAGGACAUCCUUUCAACGGUGACUCUUCUCACAUUAUAUAGACUUUUGGAUCUCAAAGGGGAUGACUGGCACAACCACAUGUCAGGCAUCGGAUCAUUAUUUGAGUCUCUUUUGCAUUUGGUUCAGAUACAUUCAACUACUUUCUCCCAAGGAAUCCGUGCAUCGUUUUGGAAUUUCGUUCGAUAUGAUUAUCUUGGGUCGUAUCUGAGUCGAUCACCACCCUAUCUCGGGCCGGAAAAACUGGCAUUAUGGCGCGCGGCGGGAAUAUCUAUUGAUGAACAAAAGCAAUUCCGGAUCAGCACAGCGGGGACUGUCAACUCGAGCCAAGAAGAUCAAGCAGCCAAUGGACUGAUUUGGAUUCUCUCGAAGGUUGUCACUUUCAGAGCUCAUUCCAAACAGUCUCAGAUAGCUCAAUGGGCAGGCUCGCCACCCUCCAAUGCAGCCGGCGAAAACAACACCGAUUCCGCGGAGAAAGACACAAAUAUCUGGCUGGACCUCUGCCUAGAACUCCAGACAUGGUUCGAGGGUGUUCCCGAGACAUUUCGCCCCUGUGUUCGGAUAGAGAAACCCAGAGAUCUCUCUGGAAAUUCGGAUGGAGCACAGAUGCCGUUUCCAGAGGUCUUUUAUAGCCUACCAACCUGCGCAGCUGCCAUGCAACACUAUCAUUUCGGGCGCAUUGCUCUUCUGUUGAACCGACCACCCGAUGUCCUCACUGCACCUAGUACGGCGUUCGAUCGCCUACAAGGGUACAGAGAAGUCACUAAAGAAGUGGACUUUCGUAGUCGUGAGGUAUGUGGUAUCGCUCUUGCGAGGCCACAGAGCGAGAUUCGUGUACACAUGACGGCGCUUCUAUUUGCCGUGGGCCAAUGUCUAGAGAGCUCAAAAGAACACCAGAUCAUUGUGGAUCUUCUUUGUGGUAUCGAAGCCGAUCUUGGCUGGUCGACUGAUUAUGUGGUCCAGGAUCUUCAGAGUUCAUGGAAUAAUCGAUGA